AUGGCCACUCUUGACUACGUCGAAGUACCAUCCUAUGCCACACGUCUCCGCUCGACCGACUCCCACCAUGACCUCCGCCCUGCCCCCAAGGUGGUCACCACUCUUCCUCGGCCAGAGCAUUCCCCCGUCCGCAGUGCAUCACCAAUGCCCAUGACGCAACCCAUGUCGCCCACCAAGACGGGAUCUAACCUGACCUCCAUGCUGCUUACGUCUGCGCUGCAGUUGCCCACCAAUGCGCCUUCGACCCCGCAUACGUAUGGAGCAAAGAACGGUGCACCGCGUCUGCUCAGCACACGAGACCCAUUAUCAAUACCUAUCACGACCACGAACUUUCGCAAGUUCGUCGCGAAGAGUGGACCUGUCUUCUGGCUUCAGGAUCGAAUCGAGGAGAUCAUUCUCUGGAAAAGGGGCUGGAAGUACACCGUCGUGUGGAUGGCAGCCUACGCAUUUCUGUGCUACUUCCCGCGGCUAGUGUUCUUGUUGCCCCAUGCUGUCAUCCUUGGUGUUCUCCUCGCCACACACCCGGCAAUACGUAAAGGAGAGAACCUUGACGCGCCGCCUAGAGUGACCCAGCCCAUGCCGCCCACUCAACCCGCCGAGGGCAGCGCCGACUGGCUCGCUAACUUGCAGGCAAUCCAGAACCUUAUGGGUUCGGUGUCCGAUGCCCAUGACUUCGCGGCGAAGUUCGUGCCGUAUCUGACGUACUCGUCUCCGUACACUACGGUCAUUCUCUCCAUCGGCUUGGCUACCUUCUUCCUUCUAAUCCCCGUGGUGCACAUGCUUCCUAUGCGCGCUACCUGCCUGGUACUCGGGCUUUCCCCCUUCUUCCUGACUCAUCCGUUCACGCAACACACACUCUUCCCUACACUGCAAUCCGGCUUCCGUCACAUGGUGAACGCGAUGCGCUUCCGUGCCUUGCGCGUCGUCGACGACGAUAACCUGGAGGACAAGCAUUGGCGGACGGAGCUCCGCGAAGUCGAGCUGUGGGAGAACGAACGCUGGGCCCCGGGGCCUAACGGCAGCUCCGAGGAGAGUGUGACGACGGAAGGGGCUUGGAGCAAGACGAACCUAAAGCCGGGGGAACGCAAGGCGUGGACUCGUGGACGGGAUGGAUGGAGCGGGGUGUCCGAUGACGGGAGUGGCGAAGUAAGCAGCAACCUCACGUUCUCCCUAGGCGCAGGCUGGGUAUUCGUCGAGACCGAGGACUGGCGGCCCGAUAUAGAGGGUUCCUGGAUCGGCCCGGGAGGAGCAGACGAAGGUGGCUGGGUGUAUACGAACGAUGCCUGGCUGAUGCCGCACCCGUAUCCACUAGAAGAGUGGAGGAACUCUGGUGGCAUGACGAGAAGGCGGCGCUGGAUGAGGAGAAUAUACUAUCAUCCUUCGGCUUCUUUGUAG